AUGAGAGAAGAAACUUUCUUCUUCCAAUGGCGUUUCUUAGCCUCUUGUUUCAUCUUCUUCCUCUUCCUGCUUCCUCAAGCUUUCACUUACAAUAAUCCUCCCAUCAACCCAUGCUCCCCACAUGCUCCUGGCUGGUUUCCUCCCAUCGCAAACCCAAGGCUCUUAAAAGCUUACACAGCUCUUCAAGCUUGGAAGUUCAGUAUCACCUCAGACCCGAACGGCUUCACUUCCAACUGGUGUGGUCCUCAUGUUUGUAACUACACAGGCGUCUUCUGUGCACCGGCUCUAGAUAACCCUUACCUCCUAACCGUAGCCGGUAUAGACUUAAACCAUGCCAACAUAGCUGGUUAUCUCCCGGUAGAGCUUGGUCUCUUAAACGAUCUUGCCUUAUUCCAUAUCAAUUCCAACCGUUUUAAAGGUCAACUCCCUAUGUCUCUAAACUGCCUCAAACUUCUUCACGAGCUUGACGUCAGCAACAAUAAACUCUCCGGCAAGUUUCCUUCCGUAGUCUUCUCUUUACCUUCUUUAAAGUUUCUCGACAUUAGGUUUAAUGAUUUCUACGGUGAUGUUCCUAGCAAACUCUUUGACCUAAACCUUGACGCACUCUUCAUUAACAACAACAAGUUCCGGUUUAGACUACCGGAAAACAUCGGAAACUCUACCGUUUCGGUUCUUGUCUUAGCCAACAACAAUCUCCAAGGAUCUUGUAUACCUCCGAGCUUCUACAACAUGGGGAAAACGUUGCAUGAGGUUAUUAUCACGAAUAGUCAGAUUAGCGGUUGUUUAAACCGGGAGAUCGGUUUGCUAAACCAGUUGACGGUUUUCGACGUGAGUUUCAACAACUUGGUCGGUUCGUUGCCGGAGACUAUGGGUGAUAUGAAGAGUUUGGAGCAGUUAAACGUCGCUCAUAACAGAUUCUCCGGCUAUAUUCCGGAGAGUAUCUGCCGACUACCGAACCUUGAGAACUUCACUUACUCGUAUAACUUCUUCUCCGGCGAGCCACCGGUUUGUCUGAGGCUUCAGGAGUUUGAUGACCGUAGAAACUGUUUGCCGUUGAGGCCAAUGCAACGGUCUCCCGCUGAAUGCAGAUCUUUUUCUUCAUAUCCUAUUAAUUGCGCUUCCUUUGGCUGCUCUCCGCCUACUCCACCACCACCACCACCUCCGCCAUCGCCCCCACCUCCACCACCACCGCCGCCACCGCCGCCACCACCACCAGCAUACGUUUAUCCGUCGCCUCCUCCGCCACCAUAUGUGUAUCCGUCGCCUCCUCCUCCGCCACCAUACAUGCAUCCGUUGCCUCCUCCGCCACCAUAUGUUUAUCCGUCACCUCCUCCGCCCCCGUAUGUGUACACGUCUCCUCCUCCGCCACCAUAUGUUUAUCCGUCACCUCCUCCUCCGCCACCAUAUGUUUAUCCGUCACCUCCUCCGCCCCCGUAUGUGUACACGUCUCCUCCUCCGCCACCAUAUGUUUAUCCGUCACCUCCUCCUCCGCCACCAUACAUGCAUCCGUUGCCUCCUCCGCCACCAUAUGUUUAUCCGUCACCUCCUCCGCCACCGGACGUGUACACGUCUCCUCCUCCGCCACCGUACGUGUACACGUCGCCUCCUCCGCUAACUUAUGUGUAUCCUCCACCUCCGUGUACGUUUCCACCGCCGGUGCAUGACUAAGGCGUGUUUUGACCGUGUGGAAACGGCCAUCUGUUUUACGUUAUGUAACGCUUGUGUUCACUAAAUUCUUCUUGUUCAACUAUUUAUUUUCUUGAAAUUCAAUUUAAAAUGUUUGCAUUAAAUGUUUUCUGACGAUAAUUUUAGUUAUUUGAAAAUGGGGGAGGUUGUGUGUUAUAUGGCCUCCCGAAGACAAAUUUGUUGGUUAGUUAUUUGGAGUGGAUGCUUUAAAUUUUG